CCGUCGCUGCUGCCGCUGCCGUCGCUGCCUCUGCUGUUGCUUCUCUGGUUGCUGUCGCCGCGGAGCUCGCUCUGUCGCUGCAUCUCAUCCAGGUUUGAAGAUGGCUUCUUCUUCCUCCUAUAACCUAGAAGAAGAUGAGAGCCUGAAAGGAUGUGAACUCUAUGUCCAGAAGCAUAAUAUUCAACAGCUUUUGAAAGAGUGCAUUGUAAAUCUUUGCAUCUCCAAACCUGACCGUCCCAUGAAAUUUCUUCGGGAGCAUUUUGAAAAAUUAGAAAAGGAGGAAUGCAAGCAAAUCUUGGCCCGUCAGAAGUUGAGUUCCCAGUCAGACUCCCAUGACGAUGAGAUUUCUCCUCCUCCUCCCAAUCCUGUUGUGAAGGCACGUUGCAGACGAGGUGGUGUGAGUGCUGAAGUGUACACUGAAGAAGAUGCUGUCUCCUACGUGAGAAAGGUGAUUCCAAAAGACUACAAAACUAUGACUGCCUUGGCAAAGGCCAUCUCUAAGAAUGUGCUCUUCGCUCACCUUGAUGACAAUGAGAGGAGUGACAUAUUUGAUGCCAUGUUUCCUGUCACUCAUAUUGCUGGAGAAACAGUCAUACUGCAAGGAGAUGAAGGUGAUAAUUUCUAUGUCAUCGAUCAAGGAGAAGUUGAUGUCUAUGUGAACAUGGAAUGGGUGACCAACAUUGGAGAAGGAGGCAGUUUUGGAGAACUUGCACUGAUCUAUGGAACACCAAGAGCUGCCACUGUCAAAGCCAAGACCGACCUCAAACUCUGGGGCAUUGAUCGGGAUAGCUACAGGCGCAUUUUGAUGGGCAGCACUCUAAGAAAACGGAAGAUGUAUGAAGAAUUCCUGAGCAAAGUCUCCAUCUUGGAAUCACUGGAUAAGUGGGAACGACUGACAGUGGCUGAUGCAUUGGAGCCUGUCCAGUUUGAAGAUGGAGAAAAAAUUGUGGUUCAGGGACAACCAGGGGAUGACUUUUUCAUCAUUACUGAGGGCACAGCUUCUGUCCUUCAACGCAGGUCUGAUAAUGAGGAGUAUGUGGAGGUUGGAAGACUUGGGCCAUCAGAUUACUUCGGAGAGAUAGCACUGCUGCUCAACCGGCCUCGGGCAGCCACUGUUGUGGCUCGUGGACCUCUGAAGUGUGUGAAACUUGAUCGUCCUCGUUUUGAGCGAGUACUUGGUCCUUGCUCGGAAAUCCUGAAGAGAAACAUUCAGAGAUACAACAGCUUCAUCUCCCUUACUGUUUAAGGGAGUCCUUCCAUCUUACUAACCCCCUCCAAUAUCUGCCUGCCUUUAAAUGUUAACUUUGUGACUCAUGGGUUUGACCUGGGCCAUUUCAUAGCUUUACCAAGUCAUGUGGUUUUUGGUGACUCUUUAUGUUUCUGUCUGAUGCACUGGAGAGAAUUGACCAUGUUUUGUGUCAGGGAAGACAACAGAUUUGGAUGAGACUCUCUUUUUGGCACCUUGGAUGAAUUCUAAGAUUUGUGGUUCACAAAUCUGGGAAUAAAACACUCACCUUGUGAAUUUUGGUCAUUUGUUUUAAGUGUGUAUCCCCCUUAAAAAAAGUUUAUAUAUUCCUUACAACAAUGCUAUGAGAUAGGGAAUUCAUUUAUUAUUGUCCCAUUUUAUAGGCAAGGAAACUAAGGGUUAGCAAGAAUAUCCUUUGUCCUGGUCCAAGGAAAUGACAGUCUGGAUUUGAACCCAGGUUUUUCACUAACUUAUUGCUUUUCCCACUUUACCAGCCAGCAAAGAAAGAACAAUUUUUUCUUUUAGCUAAGUUGAUCAAGAAUAGGUAUUUCUCCAACCUAAUAAUGAGAGAGGCUGUCUCCUAGGUUUUUCACUCAGGAGGCAGGGAGAAAGGCUACAGCAUUCCAGAACUCUCCAAUGUAGGUCAUUCUGUUUGUUAUUUAAACAGGCAGUCUGCUUUCUAACUCUGGUUUGCAAAUGAAAACUUGAAAGGAUGAGUUUGUUGUUUUGUGGAUAGUAUCAUGUAGGUUAUGGUGGCCUCCUUAACAUUAAAAGGUGGGAGGAGGGAAGGGUGGAAAAUACUAAUAAUAACAAAUACUUUAGCUUUUCUGUUUUUUUUUAACUCUUAUCAAGAGUUAAUCAUUUUAGUGGAUAGAAUCCUUGAAUUAGAUUAUCAUGCUAUUCUUUGGAUGCCAUAAUCUAUAGGUGGGAAGGCUUUGUCCUGCUUUCUAGAACUUUUACCAUCUAGUCUGGACAAACCAUUACAAAUGAAAGAAUAAUACAUGAAUUUUCCCUCUUUCCUUGAUCCCUCCCCCAUUUCUAUUGGACUUAAAUCCCAAGAACUCACAUACUUAAUAGAAGUCAGGAAAUCAUCUGGAAGCUGCAUUUUGAGCUAUACAGCCCCAAAUUCCAUGAAAUCAAUAAGCAUGUUUAAAGUGCUUAGUACUUGCCAAUGUUCUAAACAUUGGGGAUAUAAAGAAAAGCAAAAAAGGAGUCCUUGUCAUUAAGGAAUUCAUAUUCUAAUUGGAGAGAUUUCGAGUUAUUUAAUGUCCACCUAAACCUUUUCAUUACCUCUUUGUAGCAUGGAAGUGAGCCUUAAGCUCAUAAAGCCCAUAUCAGCAGAGAUGAAAAACUCCAGUAAGUCGUACUAAACUGGAAAGUAUAUAUAGAGAGCUCUGUAUUUGUCAUCUUAGAAUCUGCCUGGCUAAGUUCAUAGAAUUUCAUCAUCAGAGAGCUGGGAACAAGGUUUGUUUUGUUUGUAGCCAAGGGGCUGUAAUCUAUGUUAGUUAAAUGGAAUUGUUGAUUUUUUGAGGUAGUUUAUAGUUAUUGUAAUGGCGACCUCUCUAGAACUAGUAAAUGUUUAAAUGAGUGAGGUAAGAGGAGCAGAAAAUAGAAAGGAUGGGGGGUCUCUGUGUGUGGCCAGAGUCAAAAAGGUGGGCCAGGUAUUUAUUGCUCAGCCCUGAAGAGAUAGAAACUGGAAAUUAACAGCUCAAAACUUCGGAAACUUGGUCUCUAUCUCUUUGAUGUAACCUCUCUGUUCAUCUUUUGUAGGUGACAAGAUACCUUUAUAAUACUUAGCUGCCCUAAAUGAAAUGUUCACAUAUUUAAUUAAAUAAUUGGAUUUUCCUAGCCUGACUUGAAAAAAUAUAUCUAAUGGAAUCACAGAAUGCUAGAGGUCAUCUAGUCUAACUUCCUUCCCCCUUUUAGUGCACAUGAGAACAAUUAAUUUACCAUCUCACUGAAUUGAGGUCAAUUUAAAAUAUUUCAUGGCUCAACCAUAUCCAUUUGAUUGGAAAGAUAAGUGCUUCUAAGCCAAAUAAUCAUGAUAUUUAGAAUUUUGACUAAGAUUCAAACAUUUGGAAUCUUUAACAAAAGAACAGUCUAGUACUAUUCUUCUAGAACCACCUAAAAUCUGUGAUUGUGGGAAAUGAAAUUCAAAUAGGAAUGCAUGCCUAAAGACACCAUUUGUUGAAAAUGUAUGAUUAGCAUCAGUGAAGGGAGUUUUCACUACAGAAGCUCCCUGCGCUGAUGCAUCACAGAACUAAACAAAACCAUAAUCUCCAGAAAAACAAAACAAAACAAAAAUCCCUUCUUUUUGAGAAUAACAAAUAUUUCUUUUUUUCCCUCUCUAAAGCCUCACGUUUAUAGUCACAAAUUUUGAAACCUAAUAAUACUCUUGUAUAUAUGAAUUUCUUGAUUUUUCAACAAAUUGAUCCAAUACAGUAGGUAUUAGAUUGUUUUAUAGAUACCAUUCUGAAAUAUUCCUGGGGGACUUUUCAAAAUGUAAUUAGGCUAAUUAAAUUAUUACAUUUGUAUAAAUACAAAUGUAAUAAUUCAAUUAGCCUAAUUACAUUCAUGAAUGAAUAAGUGAGAACUUUCUUUUCAUCAACCAAGGGGGAAAAAAGUCACAUAAGUCCUACUUAAAUUGGACAUCUCCCCCCCCCCCCCCGCAAAUAAAAAUAAAGGGAAAAUUCAAAUCUACUUUUCAGUAUUCUCUCCAAACACGAUCUUAGUCAUCUCAAGGUGUUCAAAUGAUUUCAGCAUGUAUAUGUCUGUGGUCUAAUAAGCUAUGUUGAUUGAUAAUGAUGUUCACAAUACUGCAUGCAUGAUUAAAUAUAAACAGCUGGAGCUAUUCUCUCUAACUUGCAAUUUGAAGACAGAAACUUAUCAUAGACAAAAACCCUGCAUAUAAAUGUCAUGUAUAGAUUCAUUUGCUUCAUUGUGAUUGUGGUACUCUCACUUUUUAUUCAGGUUUUGGUAGAUGGAUUGCAAUUUAAAAUUGGCAUAAUUCAGAUUAGUAUUCAAAGAACCCAAUUACUCUUUCCUAUUUCAUUUUGAUGACUGUUGGUUUAAAGAUGAUAUUCAUACAUAUUUGGUGCAGGAAACAUUUACAGAAUGAAAAUGCCUAAUCCUAAAUGUUCAUCUCCCUUGUCAAUUUAAUGCUAAAACCAUCCUUUACCAUGAAUUCUUCACAAAGAGGCAAAAAACUAUAUUUAAAACUCUUGUGGGAGGGGAAAAAAAUUGUAAAAGUGCCAUAUGCAACUGGUCAUUCUUUGAUCUAUUUAACAUUUUGUUACCUUUUCAAAAUAGUUGUGAUGCUUAUUUGAUUGGCUAGUGAGAAAGAGUUGAGAAGAGAUAAUUUAAACACAAUUGGCAACUCCCUAUGAACAAAAAUGAUGGUGCUUAAAAAUCAUCUUAUCCUUUUAGAAAUAUUUGUACUGUGACCAGUUUUUGCCUUGGGACCAGAGUUUGAAUUUCUCCUCCCAGAAUCUCCUUUCCCUGAAUCAAGUUGAGAGUCUCAUAACUGGGUUAUCCCAGCCAUUCCCAGGUCACCCAUUAUUAAUACAGAUGUGAAAUGUUGCAUAUGCUUGUCAGAAGUGUUCAUUGUGCUGGUUGAUUUUGCUUAAGUGUUUUUCUUUGUUAUAAUAAGGAGGAUUCUAUGGAGGG